UAGCAUAUCAAUAAAAAAAGGGUGGUCUUUUUUUUUUUUUUUGGUGUAAGGGGUGGUAUUUUAUAUUUGGAGUCUCUAUUUUUUUAAUUAAUAAGUUGAUUAUUUUAAGCAAACCAAAUGACCAAAGAGUCCCCCAUAGCUAUGCGCAGAAGCUAGUAAAAAAUCAAAUGGGUGGGUGCUCAUGAGGAACCUCUAUAUAUUGUUUGGAUUGGAUUGGAUUGGAGGAGGAGGAUAUUUGUGGGAAGCAAGGUUGUCAACCCGCGGGUCGACCUGCGGGUUGACCCACUUUGUGUUAGAAACAAAGUUUCUAACGGGUUUGGAAUUAGGGAAUUAGCUAGAUCAAUUAGGGAUUGACUUAGUUAGGGAUUGAGAAUUGGAGAAUUGAGAUAAAAAGAGGGGAAAAGAGGGCAGCUGCUAUUGCCGAAUUUGGGAGAGGGAGAGGGGAAGGGGAUGCAGGAAGAGAGAAGAAGAGAGAGGGUAGAUUUUAAGUUUUUGAUAUUUUAUUGUUUAAUGGAAAAAUAAUUCUCUACUGCAGAUUAUAUAAUCCGCCUAAUUCCCACCUCCUACCCAACUAAUAAAACGUAACAAUUGACUCCCUGCUUAUUGCCCGAAUACCCCAAAUAAUCCCCCAAUUAACAAAACCGACAACAAUGCAAAUUAACCAAAAGCUGCAAAUAAUUUGUUUCUAACACUUUGACCCUGACCUGGUGAGAAAAACGGGCCGCACGCACCCGUCGGGUCGACUGCUAUAAGGUACCGGGUUGGAGGUCAAAUUGUGCCAUUUUUUUCUUUGUUUUGCGAAAUGCGCCUAUUUUCCGAUUUUUCUUUUAGCCUAACUCAAUCUUUGGAAUCCUAAGUUGAACAUUUGAAUAUUAAUGUUAUAUAAGUGUGUGUGAAGUUUCACUAUAUGUUGAAUCUAAGUACGGAAUGUUAUUUUGGUGUAAUAUUAUAUGUUAUAACUCAUAUCUUAGAUGAGAUUUGAUAUAAUUUAUCAGAAUAAGUACAAUAUAACGACGCUUUCCAUAUUUCCGAGCUAAACCGGGCUAAAACGGGUGACCCAUUAACCCUUGAUCCACUAGCUCAACCGGGUCCGGGUCAACCCGUGGUUGACAACCUUGGUGGGAAGGGAAGCAAAACGCAAGCGCGUCAAAAUUCAAAACCCCGCUAAGUUAUAGACCUCCAUCUCCCCAAAAAUUCAAAAACCCUCCCUCCAUCCGCCAACCGUUGGCUCCAAAAAAAACUCCCCGCCCCGCUCUCGCUGUGUUAAUUCCGCCUUUUUUUGGGGACUUUCCCUCUUAUUUCAAAAUCCCCAGCCGCGCCACUUCCCAUCUCCUCCUUCCUCUCUUCCAAUUUUUCUAUUAACGGCCCUCCAUCCCCAGCUCCGCUCCACAGUCCACACCUCUCUCUCCCCGCACCAAAUCUCCCGCCCGCCGGAAUUCCGCCUUCCCAAAUCGGAGGCCGGAAUGAACUCUUCGCUCACCCAUGUGCCACCGGAAUCCUCUCUCCGCCAUCAUAGUUACAGCCGGAAGCAGAAGUCUCUCGGCCUCUUAUGCACCAACUUCUUGAACUUGUAUAACCGAGAUGGAAUCGAAGUUAUUGGCCUUGACGAUGCGGCCACCAGAUUAGGGGUUGAGCGCCGUCGGAUCUACGACAUUGUUAAUGUCCUUGAAAGUGUUGGGGUUUUGUGUAGAAGAGCUAAGAAUCAGUACACCUGGAAAGGGUUCGCUGCAAUGCCAGAGACUCUCCGGGAGUUAAAGGAUCAGGGUAUGAAGGAGAACUUCUGUUCAUCUGAUAACAAGAGUAACGACAAUGGAGCUAAAGGGCUGGAUGAUGAAAAUGACGUUGAUGACCGUGAGCUAGAGGCCAAUACAGGAAGCCAGAAUGACGACGAAGAUGACCGCGAUCUAGAGCUCAAUACUGGUAGCCAGAAUGAUUCUGCAGCUCCUAGUGGUACUUGCCAGUCUGCUGCUGCAUUGAGAUUAGAUAACAGGAAGGAGAAAUCUCUGGGGCUUCUUACCCAGAAUUUUGUCAAGCUUUUUCUUUGUUCUGAUUCGCAGUUAAUAUCUCUUGAUGAUUCUGCAAAGCUACUGCUUGGAGACGGCCAUAGUGUGUCGAUAUUGCGAACCAAAGUCAGACGGCUAUAUGAUAUUGCAAAUGUACUUUCUUCCAUGAAGCUUAUCGAGAAGACUCAUACUGCAGAUUCCAGGAAGCCUGCAUUUAGGUGGGUAGGGUUAAACGGAAACCACAACAGCAACAUUACAAGCACUGCUGCACCUCUUCCUAAUUGUGAACCAAGGAAAAGGGUUUUUGGUGCAGAUGUUACAAAUAUUAGUUUCAAGAGGAACAAGCUUGAUUCUCUAGUUUGCAAUAAAACCCAGAACAUGAAGAUGCAUGAUAAUACAAGUCAAAUCAAGGUUGAGAAUGAAAUGACUGGAUGUGAGGGAGGCAGCCUGAGCCAGGAUUCAUUUCAGGGGUCAAGGAGUUACCAAUUUGGUCCCUUUGCACCAGCUGCUGCGGUCAAAGAUAGUGGUUCUCCAAGGGUAGUUCCUCAGGUUCGUGAUUGGGACGCUCUGACCUCCACUUUCCGCCCUCAAUAUCAUAAUCAAGCUCUGAAAGACCUGUUUGUUCACUACAUGGAGGCAUGGCAAUCCUGGUACACAGAAGUUUCAGAGAAGAAACCAAUCCAGCAAAUCUCCUGAUGGACUUUUUCAUUCGCUGGCUCUCCUUUGUCAAAGCUCUCAGCUGAAAUGGAAGAGAUGGUCUCUCUCGUGGGUUGCACUUCCUUUGUGCACCAUAAAAAUUUGUAUGGCCAUCCUCUGGAUUGAUUUGUCAUUGACCAUUCAUUGUAGUGACAUCCAACGCAACCAACUGCCGCAUAGUUUUUCAUAGUGUGUGACUUGAUAGAUCUACGGAGUAUGAAUAAACUGAGUACAAAGCAAAUGAUUUUACACCUUGUUCUUUAUCAGGAGGUUUCAUUAUGAGCAAAGGUCUAUCUGGUUGUUUCUUAAUGUGGAACAAAAUAGAUGAGGGAAU